AAGCAGAAGAGUCAGAUGAUGAAGGAGAAGAUUGAGAAGAUGAACAAAGAGAUCUCAUCUCUUUCGAGCACUAUCAAAGCCCUAGCAAAGGAGAUGGGAGCUGGUCCCAACACAUUGUUACAGAACUACAAGAGCACAGUGGAGAGAGCCCAGUGCACACUGCAGUAUCCAGAGGGGGUUUCAGGAGCUUUGAUCAAUGUGGCAAAGCACCUGGGCAACCUGAAGUUCAGAGUCUGGGAGAAGAUUAAAGACACUGUACAGUACACUCCUGUGACUCUGGAUCCCAACACUGCGCAUCCAAAUCUCCUCCUAUCUGAGGAUCUGACCGGUGUGCGACUCAGUGAAGAGAGACAGCAGCUUCCUGAGAACCCAGAGAGAUUCGACAGGCUGUCCAGUGUCCUGGGCGCUGAGGGCUUCAACUCUGAAACUCACUCCUGGGACGUGGAGCUCAGGGACAGUGACGUCUGGUUCCUGCAUGUGAAGACAGAGUCUUCCCAGAGGAAAGGAGGCGUUUCCUGCAGCAAAGACAUCUGGGGUGUGGGUCAGUUUAGUGGGGAAUAUGAAAUAGUCUUCCCGUCCAAGCCGGUCACUCCUCUCAACGUGAAGCUGAAACUCGAGAGGAUCAGAGUGCAGCUGGACUGGGACAGAGGAGAGUUCUCGUUCUCCGACUGCCUCAAUAACAUCGACCUGCACACGUUCACUCACACUUUCACUGAGAGAGUAUUUCCAUACAUUUAUACUCCAGACUCGCUAAAGAUUGUACCAGGAACUUAUUGA